UUCCGCCUCGACACAGCACGCAUGCGCAUCACAGCCUCCUGUCAGUUUGAAGCCCUGCGAGGGAAAACCACACCAAAUACGAAUUUUGGUCGUUGCCACCACCACCAUGCCCGUCUGUGUGAUGGGAGAGGGAGCAGGCCCAGACGGCCAGGGAACCGCCAGCCUGACCGUAAUACCCAUCUCACACAUCAGCACCAGCAGCAACCACGCCCACCACUCAGUCAAGGGCACGGUGGUCCUGAAAGGUCGUCUGGUGUCGUCGCCCAGUCACAACUUUAUCUUGAAGGCCGUGCUUCAAGAAGACGACACCGAUUCGAACACGUCGCCUCAGGAUGGAUCCAUCAACGUGGUCCUGUUAGGGACGCUGGCCAAGGACUUCUCUCAGGCUGUCAAUCAAGGGGACGUGGUGGUGGCUUCUGGCUUUGGCGUGGGCAAAUCUCCCACGGCCCUGAAGGACAAACUGCACCCGUGCAACCUGCUGCUGUCUGGAGAGCGCGCCUUCGUUCACGUGUGUCAAGCGCCACCGGCUGACCGUACGUCUCAACAGGACGUGAAGAGAAAGAGACCCUUGCUCCCUGCUGAGGUUCCAAAGUACACGUACACCAAGCUCGACAACCUGAAGCCCGGCGAAGUGGUCAAUGUGUACGGGGUGGUGGUCUUCUUCAAGCAGCCCUUCAAGAGCCGCGGCUCAGACUUCUGCUCCAGUCUGAAGAUAACUGAUCAGUCUCAGCAGAAGAUCAGCUGCACCAUCUUCUGUGGCAAACUGGAGUCCCAUCCCCAAAUCUUCCAGAUUGGCAACAUCAUCCGCAUGCACAGAGUCAAGGUUCACCUGUACAACGACACCCUGACGCUGCUGAACACCUUCGGUUUUUCCGCCUUGACGUUUGACGGGGCGGUCGGUGCCGGCGUGGAGCCCCGCACCGCCAGCAAGUCCUUCCACUUCACAGAGGAGGAUCGCCGCGCCGUGGAGGAGCUGCGGUUGUGGGCCGCCAGCCAGGUUCUGCUACCCGCCGACGCUACGCUCACGCUGUCUGCUGUCCAGCCCAAAAUGUACUUCGACCUCACCUGCCAGCUGCUCGCCAAAGCCACCGUCGACACCACGUGCACCCUGCUGAGGGUAUGGGACGGCACCAGGUGUCCUCACGCUCUGCUGAAGUUGACGGUGGAGCCCAACAUUGUGGAGGGGCCCACCUUCUCUGAGGAGCGGGAGAAGCUCAUCGCCAGCGUGCUGGUCUAUGACAACCACGUGCAGUUUGCCCAGCAGAUUAAGCCAGGAGACUUCCUGAGGAUCUACAACCUGCGAGCCAUCCCAGGAUUGGUGAAGAUGCCCGGCCUGAGCAGCAGCCAGUCAGAGGUCAACCACCUGUCCUUCCACCUGCACGGGGGCACGGCGUAUGGCAGGGGGAUCCGCCUUCUCCCCGGCGACAGCCCUGACGUUCAGGAGCUGAGGAGAGUGAUGGAGGCCUUCCAGGGGUAUGACGAGGUCAGCCACCCUGACCUGAACGACUCAGUGCUGUGGCCACCACUCUCUCCAGAGCGUGGCGCUUCAGUGGCGUGCAGCACAGAGAGAACAUGCGACCACCUUGUGGAGCCGCUGACGUUGAGCAAGGUGAAGCGGUCCGUUCCCGGCGGCGUCCACCACGUCAGAGUCCAGCUUCGAUCCUACGAGCCCCGCAGACUCCACCAGGCUCUCAAGCUCUACUGCAGCAAAUGCACGAGCAUGCAGGACGUCCCGGACGACGAGCACUUGGACAGCAUCUUCUCCAAGGCGGCCGCAGACUGCGGUCCCCUGCAACCCUGCAGUCCUCCGACGUGGACUCUCUCUGGGAAGGUCUACAUUCCCAGAGAACUCUCGCGAAGACCACCCGUUCGCACCCUGAACGUUCACAUGUCAGCACAGCUCUUGUCUGAGGGCAGGAUCAAAGAGCUCAUCUUCCUCACAGGUUCCACCCUGCAAGAGGCGUGUCAUUUAGCAGCCGGAUACCACAAUGUUGUCCCCAUGAGGUCAUCGGGAGGUCAUCUGGCUCUGCUGGACCCACCCGCGCCUUUCCUCUUCAGGGGCAGGAAGAGAUUCUACAGGUGCAAGCAGUGCUCUGAGACCUCCGUGAGGGAACCAACCACUGAUGGAGUCAUUGACGAGAAGAACAUUGGUGAAGCGUUGGGCGUGCAGCUGCUGAAGUUUGUCCUGUUGAUGAAGUUCCAGCUUCAGGAUGCCAGCGACACCCUGGACGUCUUCCUGUGGAGAGAUGCCGAAUCGUUCUUCAACGUGUCGGCCGUUGACGCCGCAGCCUAUCAGGAGGCCCAGGACAGCAUCCGUCAAACUCUGGACAGUUUGUGUCCACCAGGGGACAGCUCAGGUCGGCGGCCAUGGCUGGACGUGUGUUUGACGGAGUAUCGGCCCACUGAGGAAGACACUCAAACUUUCUACCAAAUCUGCCACACGUCUACGUUCAAACCAUCGUGCACGCGCACACCCCCAUCUUGAAUCCUCUUCUCAGCACAU